ACACACACAUGCACGCACACGCAUAAGCACACAUCUCUCCAGCGUGUUGAUUUAUGGAAACAAUUAUUAUUUUGGUGGAGUCUUUCUGAGCUGAGAAAGUUUGUAGCUGCAGUGGUGUGUCUCAUGUUGCAAAAAGCAGACAACAGAAAUGGAAUACUUGGGUAUCCAGCUCUUAUCAACAGGAAAAAGAUAUUCUGACUGAAGAGAUAUUUAAGAAGCUCUUCUAUUUCGCCAUUAACUAUUAAGGAAUAACGAUCAGAAUUCUAGAAGAGGGAACAAUCUCAUUUAAAUGAAUCUGUAACUCGUAAAGACAGAAGGCAGGUCGGUGACCUAAGAGCAACAGUCUACUUGAGAUUUAAUUUUCAUUAUGUUGUUCAUGAACACCCAGAACACUGCACUAUAAUGCACAAAUGGAUACUGACAUGGAUCCUGCCAAUUUUGCUCUACAGAUCAUACUUUUACAUUAUCUUUCUAAUGGGCACUAUAUCUUUAGCUUGCAAUGACAUGACUCCAGAGCAAAUGGCUACAAAUGUGAACUGUUCCAGCCCUGAGCGACAUACCAGAAGCUAUGAUUAUAUGGAAGGGGGGGAUGUAAGAGUGAGAAGACUUUUCUGUCGAACUCAGUGGUAUAUGAGGAUUGAUAAGCGAGGCAAAGUAAAAGGGACGAGAGAAGCAAACAACAACUACAGUAUUCUAGAAAUCCGAACAGUGGCAGUUGGAAUAGUGGCAAUCAAAGGAGUGGAAAGUGAAUACUUUCUAGCAAUGAACAAGUCAGGAAGACUCUAUGGAAAGAAAGUAUGCAAUGAGGAUUGCAACUUCAUAGAACUAAUUGAAGAAAACCAUUAUAAUACAUAUGCUUCUGCAAAAUGGACACACAAAGGAAAAGAGAUGUUUGUUACACUAAACCACAAAGGUGUUCCCAUGAAGGGUAAAAAAACAAAGAAAGAACACAGAGCAUCCCACUUUCUUCCUCUGGCAAUAUCCUAAUCAUACGUGAUCUGUACAGAACUAGUUCCAGCAGGAAGAAUAUUUUUAAGAAGAUUAUUUGACAAGGUAUCGAGAGAGGCUGGAAUACUACUGAGAAACUGAACAAGCUGGACUUGCGCAUUUAUGUUUAUUUUUAAGAGACUACGUGGAAAAGAUUUGAAAAUAUACACAAAACCAGAUUUCCUAACUAAAAGCUGUAAAAAAUUCUAAAGAGUUGUACAAUCAUUAUCUUAGUCAUUUUAACUGGGUAGUUUCUUAAAUUAAUUUACCCUGAAGAAUAAGUCAUGACUUGAUUAUCUGAUAAUAUUUAAUUUAAAUGAAAAAAAACCACAAAAAAAAAACACAGAAAACAAUCUGCUUCUUAAAUAUGGCUGCUAUAAUAAUAAUAAGCAGAUGAUAAUGUUGUGUAAAAUAUGUCAGACUUUAAGGCUGCUGGAACGAGUUGUCAGAUUAUCAAGUCAAUAGUAAGUGUGGAGGCUGAGCAGUAUUUUAAAUACUUCCCCAAGAAACCGAUGUCGUAUACAUAAACUAUAUGAUCAGAAAAAAUAUAUAAUCUUGUAAAUGUCUAUUGUUGCAUUCAGAAAAAAGAGUUAGUUUGGAAAAAAUAAGUUUACUCUACUACAAAAAUGUUCCUAUCUAUUAAUGAAACAAAUACUUAAUGCUGCUCUAAAAGAUGUUUCAAAAUAGUGUAUGUAAAAUAAUAGGAAUAAAUAACGUACUUCAUCUCACUUUUCACAAAGUAACAAUUUAUAUAACGACAAAGCAAAAAUUCAGACAUAUUAAGGUAUUUUAUGUAACAUAUCCUAUCUUUUGUAUAAUUCCUGUUAGGGCAUACAGCUUUUAAUUUUUUUUUUCAACCUUAUACAUGCUUUUUCUGUUGUUACAGCAUUAAACUUUAUUUUAAGUUGUAUUUGAACUUUAUUGUUUUAAGUUAUUUAAAUGUUAUUUAUAAAAAAAAAAAAACCUUAUUAAGCCGCAUCUGUUUCAUAUGCUUUUAAUUCUAAAGGAAUAACAAAAUGGUCUGGCUGAGAUGCAUGAAUUUUUUUCUGUGACCAGACACAAAGUCUAGUACACAACCCUCUUGCCAACAUACAUUGGAUGGCAGACAAAAAUGACAGCCUGCAGCAAAUCGCACAAUGGACAUCUCAAAGGAAACAAUGCAAAAACGUAAAAAAUCUCUGCCACACACUCAAGUUGAUUUACUAGCAGCUCAGAGUUAUACUAGGUAAAAGAGUUGCAGAAUAAAUCCUCAGCUGGUGGAACCGAUACUCAGAGAACAGUGUAAGAGCCCACAUGACCAAUCUGAAACACCAGCCAAGAUCCACGUGACAUGAUGAAGAAGAGAUACGUUACUUUUCUAGGUAUCAGAGUGUUUAAGCAAGCCCUGCAUGACUGAAAAUUACUUCAUUCUGUUCAGUUUGCCUGCAAGUUUUCUCAGCAUUGUGAUUUGUGCUCAAAGAUCACCAAAGUUUAGCUAAAACAGCUGUUACACAAUCAUUACCAGCUUUGGAUGAAGUCAAGUGGAGUUAAUGGACUUCAAUGCUCUACUUUUCAGCACAGGUAUCUAGACACAAUCUUUUUUUUUCUACAUAUUGACACACCUUCUUUGUAACUGCACUCACACAGAACUGCCUGCAACAGCUCUCUUUAAGAUAUAUAUAUAUACAUAUAUAUUUUUUAACUACUAUGUGCUUAUCAAAUGCUAUAAUUUGGAAAUUACUUGUGGAGUUUGACUUAGUAAUAUCAAAAACUGAAGUGUAGAUAUGAACCAGACCACGCAGAAAAUCUGUCAAUACAACUACAUCAUUAAACCUUCACUGUGCUUCUGCUGCUUGAUCUAUUGCUUGUCCAGGGAAAACAAUAGACUGUACUAUCAAAGAAUUGAUACAACUUUUUGCUGAAAACUGUCUGCACUUCUCUGUGAAUAUAUAAACACUGAAAUAAAGUUCCUAUUCACAAUUAACAUUAAUAUACUAGCAAAAGUUUUUAGAUACAAAUUAGCUUAGUUGAAGCUUUGAAAUAAAAAUGGAAAGAGCAAAAUCUCCCAAAGGUUGUGUUUUAAAGCUCAACUGAAAUUUAAACUUCUGUGCAAGUAUGUAUAUUCAUAUGCAAAUAUAUGCAAAAUAGUGCUUAAAUUAGAUACAGAUAGGUUCUUCUAAAGACCUUUUGAUUAAGUUGUUCAAGAAUAUAAGCAUACGGUCAAGCAAUUCUUGAGUCCCUAAGGUAAUUUGCACGUACUGCUCUAUGUUUUAUACAAUGCAUUAUUAUACUACCAUCCUUAUUAGGUAAACCAAAGCUGGUUUACAUUUUUCUGUCAUAUCGCACGUAUAGCCUCCAGGUGAAUGGUUCAGGAAAAGAUGCCUAAGCUCAAAUCCCUGCAGUAGCAGAGUCACACAGCCAGCACGUUACAAUACCUUCCUUAUGUUGACCUUGCAAUGGAGGUGUUCUAAUUGAGAAAAAAAAAAAUCAGAUUUUUCCCUUUUUUUCAUGGUUUCUCUUCAAUUAUUUUCUGGCACAUUAACAAACACUCUUAAAGGCUAAAACACAUCCUAGCUUGUUCUAUUCCAGUACAGAGUGGAAAAGAUUAACAGAAAGCAAGAUAAGAUCCAUCCAGUGUAUCAAAUUUGAGAAUACCUUUAAUUUAAAACUGUCUUCUAAGCAGAAAUCCAGAAACAUUUAAACAGUCUUAUAUAAAAUAGAGCUGCAGAAUUAGGUUAGAAAAAUUUGCAAACCAAACUGAUUGAUCUGCAAAUCUGUCUUACAGCAACUAAAUACCACCCAGUGUUAAAACCUGAGCUCUGUAAAUAACUCCUCUAUACCUGGCUGAGUAAAGCUAGCUUCUAAAUCUCAAGCAUUCCAGACAAUUCUAAACCUGCUUACACUCCAGACAU